CGGGGUAUGUGCCGACGGAGACACCACGGCCGACGUCAGAGGGGGCGCAUUGGCGGCGCCGCGCGAGCCGGGCCGGAGCUGGCAGCGAGAGACGCCGGAUCGCGAUGAGAUCACGUCCAAGCUCACUCAGCCCACGAGUGGGAGCAUACUUGAACGCGACACUCUGCACCUUUCUUGCGUAGCAACCACCACCAUCUCCAUAUCAUCAUGACCACCUCCCUCGACGCUCUCAAGCAGACUGGCACUGUCGUCGUCUCCGACUCUGGCGACUUCCAGUCUAUCGAUGUUUACAAGCCCCAGGAUGCGACGACCAACCCAUCGCUCAUCCUUGCUGCGGCAAACAAUGCUAAGUACCAGAGCCUGAUCGAUGCCGCCGUCCAGGCCGGCAAACACAAGGGUGGCAGCAUCGAUGACCAGGCAAACGCUGCUCUUGACCGCCUCCUCGUCGAGUUCGGCAAGGAGAUCCUGAAGAUUAUCCCCGGCCGUGUCUCGACCGAGGUCGAUGCCCGCUUGUCGUUCGACAAGGAAGCGACCAAGAAGAAGGCUAAGGAGCUGAUCGCGCUCUACGAGUCCGUCGGCGUCAAGAAGGAGCGCAUUCUGAUCAAGAUCGCUUCGACCUGGGAGGGCAUCCAGGCCGCGCGCGAGCUCGAGCGCGACGACGGCAUCCACACUAACCUCACCCUCCUCUUCGGCUUCGCGCAAGCUGUUGCGGCCGCAGAGGCCGGUGUCACCCUCAUCUCGCCCUUCGUCGGCCGCAUCCUCGACUGGUACAAGAAGAACAAGCCGGGCAAGGACUACGUUGGCGAUGAGGACCCCGGUGUGCAGUCUGUGAAGACGAUCUACAACUACUACAAGCAGCACGGGUACAAGACUAUCGUCAUGGGUGCUUCUUUCCGUAACGUUGGCGAGAUCAAGGCUCUCGCUGGUGUUGACUUCCUGACUAUCUCCCCUAAACUCCUCGAGGAGCUUAAGAACGACACUUCUCCGGUGCCCAAGAAGCUUGACUCCCAGAGCGCCGCGCAGGGCCAGCCCAUCCCCAAGGUCUCGUACGUGGACAACGAGCCUGAGUUCCGCUGGGCACUCGCCGAGGACGAGAUGGCGACAGACAAGCUUCACGAGGGUAUCCGCCAGUUUGCAAAGGACGGCGAAACCCUUAAGAAGCUGCUCCGCGAGAAGCUCUCUGCAUGAAGGAUUCGCGCUGGCUGUUUUUUGGAAGGGAGGAUGAAGUUCGAUAGCCGCAGUUUGUACCCCAUGUAAAACGUAGCCUUGGCCAAUAGACUGUAACGUGCCUCGUCGAUAGAUCUCUUGAUGAU